CUGUCAGCAGCGUUAUUUUACCCUCAUUCGACCACAGUGAACUGGUCAAAUACGAACUUUGCUUUAUCAGAUCUUGGUAAUUAUGCAAAAAUUGUCACAUCCUUUCCUGCUACAGCGUUGUCACCUCAAUCAACUACAAAUACAUUUCCUAUAACAUUUUGUGCAAAUUCGCAAAAUAAAACAACAGGUAAGUUUCUUUUCAUUGUUUUUCCAAGGCAAAUAACUUAUUUAUGGGAGUUCCUAUUACGUUUGUUGCAAGACAAAGAAUAUUCACCUAAAUACAUCAAAUGGCUGGAUCAUAGUAAAGGAAUUUUUAAACUUGUUGAUUCAAAAGCUGUUUCACGUCUCUGGGGCUUACACAAAAACAAACCAGGCAUGAACUAUGAAACCAUGGGACGAGCUUUGAGAUACUAUUAUCAACGUGGAAUACUACAAAAAGUAGAUGGACAGCGACUAGUAUAUCGAUUUGUGGAUGUUCCGAAAGAGACAUACUGCCAUCAGAUGAUAAUCUCUCCACGAAUAUAA